UCUUUACUUUGACUGAUUGGCCCUUUCCGAUCAUGUGAGGGGAGCUGGAAUCUAGAAUUGUAGCUUUUGGCACUCCUCUUCUUCUGUCUUUUAAAAAGCUUGCUCUUUUCAGCUCCUUUGGGUCCCUUGCUUCUUUUCUUUCACUACAGCACCCCAAGUAGAUUUGGGAGUUGCCACCCAGGAGACUGAGGUGGUGAUUUGAUUUAAUUUUUUUCCAAAAGGGUGGAGAUGUUUAGGCAGGUAUCCAAUACUUUGGGCUCAGGCUGCUACUGUGUGAACACCAUGUCAACAGAAGGCCAAGAGAUGUACUUGCGAUUUGAGCAAACAGCAAGACGCUCUCCGUACAGGAUAAGUAGGAUCCUAGCACGCCAUCAGCUUCUGACGAAAAUUCAGCAAGAAAUUGAAGCAAAGGAAGCCUGUGACUGGUUGCGAGCUGCUGGGUUCCCUCAAUAUGCCCAACUGUAUGAAGAUUCCCAGUUUCCUAUUGACAUUGCUGCUGUAAAGAAAGAUCAUGAUUUUCUUGACAAGGAUCUUGUAGAACCUCUUUACGACUGAACACGCUGAAUAAGUGCGCCUCAAUGAAACUCGAUGUGAACCUCCAAAAGAAAAAG